UCUGCUUCCGUAAACAUCAUGGCGGUGUGUGUGGCAGUGAUUGCGAAGGAGAAUUAUCCCUUGUUCAUCAAGACGAUGCCAACAGAAAAUGAACUCAAGUUUUAUUAUACUGUUCAUACAUCACUAGAUGUUGUUGAAGAAAAGAUUAGCUCUAUUGGAAAAAAUGCCAAUGAUCUGAGGGAGCUGUAUCUUGGUCUGCUGUACCCCACAGAAGAUUAUAAAGUUUAUGGCUAUGUCACCAACACCAAAGUGAAGUUUGUUGUGGUUGUGGAGUCAUCCAACCUCACCCUGAGGGACAAUGAUAUUCGAGGGAUGUUCCGGAAGCUCCACCACGGCUACGUCGACAUGCUGUGCAAUCCCUUUUACAACCCUGGAGAAAAUAUCACAUCCAGGAAUUUUGAAAAUGUUGUGAUUUCCAUGAUGCAACAAGAAUAGACUCACAACAAUCGUUACCCUGUGAGGGAUCAGCAUCAAGAAGCCAUAAGUAUACAUUCCUACAGAUCGUGGGAGUCAAGUGAAGCGGAGUUAAUGUGACAGGCAAUGCAUCAGAUCCAACUGUGUGGGAUGUCUCCUGGCUGCAUGUGGUUGCUGGCUGGUUCAGUGAGCUGUCUGUAGAUUCAAUCUGUUGUAUCAGUAGCUACUUGCACAACAGCUGUGGGAUUUUAAAAGAUGAUGAUGUUCCGAUUUACCAAAUAACCCACAUUUCCGUGCCUGUUUUUCUCAGCAUGCUCAGUGGUACUAUUUAUGAGUGAGUGAGUUGGGUUUAACGCCGCUUUUAACAUUAUGCCAGUUAUAUCACGGCGUGUCAGCUUAAUGUGGUAGGAAAGCCCGAAGUGAUGCAGGUCUCGGACAUUUACCACUUCGGUG